AUGAGUCGUCCAAAGCCGUUGCAUUUGGGGAAAAGCAUAGAUGACUUGGAGAAACAUUUGAAGAUUCCGAUAGGUAUGCAAAAUCAAGACCUAGAAAAGAUCUGCAAAUCAGCGUGCAAGCUGUUGCAACAAAGCGAAAAACAUUACAUCGACAAGGAUGAGGAGAUGGCGUACGUUGGGUACAUGAAACUGAUGCUCGUAGUGCAAGCUAUUCGUCAGAAGAAGGAUUACGAAAAAAAGAAGGAAAUGGUUUUGAAGCUGGUAGGCACACAGACAGACUUCAUUCGACAUUUUGAAAAGCUAGGGCAACUCAAAACUAGUUUGGAAGCACGCUACCAAGAAAUCAACCGGCGACAAGGUAUAGCAACAGCUGUUCCUACAGCACAGAAUCCUCUACCGCAUGCAAAAGACGAUACGGCCGCCUCAUUCGUUACCGGAACAAAGCGCACGGUGAAUGCGCAAGAGCUGUAUGCGAUGAUCAACGAUAACAGAGUGAGCAUGUUGAUUAUGGAUUGUCGUUCGGAGAUCGAUUACCAAGAGUCACACAUGCGUUACAUGUUUUUACUGAACGUUCCGGAGCAUCGCCUUGUUUCUGGUAUGACAGCGGGGAAAAUACAGAACGAACUUCCCGAGGAAUCACGCACCCUUUGGUCGUACCGGAAGGUGAAAGAUUUGGUGGUGCUUAUGGAUUGGAAUACGAGCGGUAACUUGGUGAAAGACACACCAAUCUAUGUGCUGUCUUUUAUCCUUUGCAACUACGACCAAGACAUUGAAGAUACAAAAAUUAUCUAUCUCGAUGGAGGGUACGAAAGCUUCCUUAUGUACUACCCUGCCAGCUGUACGAAUCCUUCAUAUAGGCCUGUGACAUUCGAUAGCACCGGGGACAAUUUAGAUGAUAUCGAAUACCCAAACAUCAGCGAUAUACCGAUGAAGGAGAAUAGUUUUUCGAUGUCGCCCUUUAAACCGACGAUCGAUCGCAACAGCAAGGUCGCCGCAGUUAGUCUGUAUGAGGCACGGAAAAAAAAUCUAAAAGAAAUCCUAGUCGAGCAUGAACAGAUACUGGACAAAUGUAAACAGAAUGCCCUGGACAUCAUCAAUACUGAGACGGAGCUGAAAAAGCUGAAACAACAUCAACCUCAAGAGCUCGGUGCUGAUGCAGCACAAAAAACGUUGCUAUACGAGGUGAUGCAGCUCAAGGAUCGUCAACGAGAUUAUGAAACCGAAAAAGAGCGGAUUUUAGAAGAAGAACAAAGCCUUAAGAAAAUGGAAGAAGAACAGGGUGAACAAAUUUCCACCGAACAAGCCGAACAAUUGGAACGGGAGGCGUACGAACGGAAGUUACGCGAGAAGGAACGCGAACGGCGGGAGUUGGACGAACAGUGCCAACGGAUGGAGCGGGAGCGUGUGGAAAAGCUUGCGCAGGCCCGUGAGCAGAAGCGGCACCUUAAGGAGAACGUGCCCGAGACGGUUAAACCGUUGCCGCAGUUCGACCGUUCCGCAAAACCACUGGCCAAUCAUAACCACAACCUGCGUUCGCACGACCAGGACGUGGUGCAGCGAGACUUUGCACCGGUCUACGGGAGUGUGGUGAGUACCCUGCGUUUGGCGGGUACAUAUGGCUUUUGUACGAUUUCCAUAGUCAUCCACUUUGACCACCUGCUUGGCCGUGGCCUAACGGGGUUGAAGAAUCUAGGUAAUACGUGCUACAUGAACAGCAUACUGCAGUGCCUCAGCAAUACGUACUUUCUCAACGAUUUCUUCCACGAUCCAUCGUUCAAGAUGCACCUCAAUCGCAACAACAAAACGCAAGGGAAAAUCGGCGAAGAGGUAGCCGCGGUCAUCAAGGCGCUCUGGACGGGACAGUACAAGUGCAUCGCGAGCAAGAAUUUAAGGUACGUCGUUGGACAGUAUGAGCGCCAGUUCGGUGGUAUCGAACAACAGGAUUCACACGAGUUCCUCACCAUUCUAAUGGACUGGUUGCAUUCCGAUCUGCAGACGAGACAGAUGCAGGUAAAACGGUCCCGCUUCUGUGAAGAGCUGCUGCCACUCUCGGAGAAGGCGUGGAUCGAACACUUCAAGGGCAAGGGUAGCUACAUCUCGGAGCUGUUUUAUGGGCAGAUUAAAAGCACGGUCAAGUGCACACGAUGUAACAAAGAGAGCGCCACAUACGAGUCCUUUUCGAAUCUCAGUCUGGAGCUGCCGCAAGAAUCAAACAUCUGUUACCUAGAGAAUUGUCUCGAUAUGUACUUCAACGGUGAGGAAGUUCGUGGCUGGCACUGCCCUAAAUGCAAGAGCAACCAGGAUGCGAUUAAGAAGCUGGACAUUUCUCGCCUUCCCUCGAUAUUGGUUGUGCACUUUAAGCGCUUCUACGCCGACCCAGACACCAUGUCGACCGUGUACCGGAAAAAGCAGACUCUCGUCAAGUUUCCUCUGAGCGAACUGAACAUGACGCGCUACCUGGCGCGAACCGAGGUGAACCGAAACAAACGGUUAACAACGUACCGGUACCACCUGUACGGUGUUUCCAACCACUACGGUUCGAUGGAGAGUGGCCACUAUACGGCGUUUUGUUUGAACAACAUUCACCAAAAAUGGUUCAAAUUUGACGAUUACAACGUAUCGAGUAUUGAUGCUUCAGACGUGCAGGCCAGUGCGGCGUACAUCCUGUUCUACUCCUGCUUACCCGAUCGGCCGCAGUCGGAUGUGCGAUAGGAAAAUGGUGCCUACAUUUUAUCCAACAAAAUGAAAAAAAAAAUCAACAAAUGCACACACGUGCCACCUAUGACGUGCUUGUUUGUGCUGCUUCGUUGGUCAGUGGUCCAGCAGAUGAUAAGACUUCGGUGCGAGCAAUGAAACCAUACUAUAUUGGCGUUGAUUGUUUGAUCACGUUGGUGGCCACCAGCAGUUUUUAUGCUGCGGAAACACAUCGGAACGAAUGGAAUACCACAUCAGCGAAGUUUGAUUUUUUUUUUAUAAUCUGCUACCAAUUUGUUCCGCUUGACGUGCCGGCGGACCCAAAAAUGUAUUGUGUCGGAUGUAUUUAAAAUACAAUUACUACACUGUGAUUGCCAAUCAAACACGAGAGAACAAACGAACGAGUGUGUGUAGCGCAAGAGAAUAUGCGAACAGAGCAUUGAGAGACGAUCUUAAGGAAAAGCAAAGCUGUAUAUUAUAUUUUAUAGAACUGUCAGUAUGGCGUGAAAUACGAAGGAAACAGGAAGGAAUCAUAACGAAGAAAAAUGGAAUUAGAACAGGAAAAUUCAACUUGCAGUGUCUUCAAUAGAGAACUCAUGAAAUGAAGUGGAGUAACCAUUCGCAGUCGAACAAUGUUAAGUUAAGCUAGGAACAUAUUUUUGCAAAGAAAUAUAUGUACGGUUCUACCGGUGAACU